GCCCCUGGAGUCGCGGUUCGCACGCGCGUCUUCGCAAUCACAGGCGAUCGCAACUGUCGGCCAUGCGGCCAUAGUCGCAGACGAGCAUCGAUUAGCGCCAGAAAAGGAUGAACAACAUGGACAAGCCUCGUGCGGAGCCUGCUCCGCAGGCCUUCCUGUCCUCAUACGCGCCGCGACUGCGCAUGUACAACAACUCCCUUCUCACACCAGUCCUCCAAUCCAGUGCGCCGGGCAAUCCGCUCUCUCGGACAACCAAGCGCGGCACCACCUUUGUCAACUAUGCAGAAGACGGAUACGACUACGAUGAUGACGAUGACGACGACAGGAGGCGGCCCACGGGCCUGCGCAGCGUACGCCGUGAGGACAGCACCGCCAAACUGGAGCCCAGCGACAAGGUCGGCAAGGACACAAUCCAGCCAGUAGAGGUACAGGGUAUAUGGAGGGAAUGGAUGCUCAAGAGCAGAACACGCUCAGAUCUCAAUAACCAGGCGCAAGCAGCCAUGCCUCUAACCUUGAUCCCCAUCCGGAUCGACGUUGACAUCCCAGCGUUCAUGCCGCCAGCGCCAUAUCCUCUUCCAAGAGGAAUGGUACCGCAGGGCCAAGUCGACCCUUCGCUGUACCGAAGUGGAGAGAUGACGGUGCCAUACAAGCUUCGCGACAUCUUCCUGUGGAACCUCCACGAGACCCUCAUCACGACAGAUCAAUUCGCCGCGACACUAGUACAGGACCUUGACCUGCCCAACCAGGCUGUCAUCAUCUCAGAAAUCAGCAGGCAGAUAAGAACGCAGCUGGAGGAGUAUGCCGGUGUUGCGCUUCACCCACUCUUCCACACAGAUAGGACACCUGCAAACGGUACGACAGGGCACGCCGUCAUGCCCACACAAGAUACACCGGCGACGCCGGCAACGCCUAUCCCUGCGUAUGCGCGCGGCACCGACACGCCUGCGCUUAGUGGAUUUGCAACGCCAGCAAAGGGCCCUUCGUCACAAGUGCCAGCAGUCACGGCGACAGCGACGCACAUAACCGCCGACUCUGAUGACUUCAACCCAGACGACACAUACAGAUGUAUAGUCAACCUGAACGUCAACUUGGCUUCUUCGCUCUACACAGACAAGUUCGAGUGGUCGCUUUUACAUCCGCCAGGCACAGCCGAGGCCUUCGCCAAAGUGACCUGCGCAGAUCUGGGACUAGCCGGCGAGUGGGUACCAGCGUUGACCCACGCCAUCUACGAAGCAGUGCUGCGACUGAAAAAGGAGGCUUGCGAGUCAGGCGGUCUCGUUGCUGGCUGGGGCGGUAUCGGCAAUGAGCUGCCCAACGACGCCGCGCAUGGCGAGGACGCGGGCUGGCGGUACGACCCGGAACACUUGGCAGACGUGUGGGAGCCAAAGAUAGAGUACAUCUCGAAAGAGGAGAUUGAGAAGCGGGAGGGCGACCGAGAACGGCAGCUGCGCCGCCUGCGCAGGGAGACGGCACGGUUCAGCAGCAACACGGGCAUGCUGGGCGGCACGCCGGGCGCAUUCAACCCCGUGCCAAUGCCGCCCAUUGAGCUCGAGGAGGAGCGCAUGGGUCGCGGCGAGCGGUCCAAGAAGAAGCGGCGCUUCCGCAGUCUCAGCCCGCUCAACCGCUCCGGCACACCCGGCGGGCGCGGCACUCCGGAUGUUCUCGGCUACGGGGGCAUCGCGGGCUCUCUGACAGACCAGGAGCGGCUCAGCUGGCGGUGCACGCACUGCAGGAUCUGGGGCACAAGUGUUUGGGCGGUGCGCGACGGGCCGUAUGGUCAACGGUCACUAUGCGCCAACUGCGGCCGCGUGUACGAGCAGACCAAGAAACUGCCGCGCUUUACCAAGAACUUGCACCUGCAGGACAUGCGAUCAUUCUAGGAGGGCGAUCGUAGUGGUGGGAAUGGCGGCGGAGAUGGGCAUGGAGGUGGUGGCCGCGACAAUGAGCCGCCGCCGGCCUGGUGGAUGUGGUGGCUCGCAGCAUCGCAUAAUAGAGCUGGCUGAGCGG